UAAUUUACACCCAUCACAAAUUUAGCAUAUUGACCUAAUUCAACUAUUUUCUUCCCCAUUUCAAUUCAACAUGUAUUUCUUAUAGAUUCUUGCAAAUUACAUAUACAUCCCCUGUCGCACCAGAUUUUGAAACCCAGAGAGCUGAGUGAUGGCAGGAGGCAACCCUUCAAGGCAUCCAUCUUCCUCCUCAGCCAAUGCCAAGCCACCGCAAUCUUCCAAUGCUUCCCACCGUAAAUCCCGCUGGGAAUCUCCGGCGAAAAACCGCCCUCCCAAGGACUCCAAACCCUCCGGGUCGGGUUUAGGAGAUGGGAAACCUAAACCCUCACCGAAAACCGGGAAGGAAACGGCGCCGUCGACGGCCAAUGCAAAUAAACCUCCCACCCCUAAGCCCAGAUCCGAUUUCCGGUCUCCGAAACCCGCCGACCCGGAUACCCGUUCCGCGUUGCCUCCGUUUCCGUUCCAGGAGCCUCCGCCGCCUCCUACCUACGGGUUUCAUAUGCUCGAGCGCCGGAGCAUCGCGCUUUCAGAUGGUUCUUUGAGGCCUUACUACGCUUUGCCUCCGAAUUAUCAGGAUUUUCAACCUUUGCCACCUAGGGAUUUCCGCGGGCCGGGGUUAGGAUUCGAUAGGCAGUUUCCAAUGAGCCCGGAUUUCCGGCCCGAGUUCCGGGACCGUGAGAAUCCGUUUAUGUGGAACCGGAAUCAGGAUUCUUGGAAUUCGCUAGGAUUAGAUGGGCAGGCUAGUGGACCAGGGAUGGGGCCGGGUGUACAUGAGAACCCAAUGAAGAGAAAGUUUGGGGACGAUGCAAGGGAAGUGUAUGAUGGGUUUGAGAGACAAAGGCAGCAGGUUUUGAAGCAUGGAAAUAUGAGCAACUCACCAGGAACUAGUGGUUUGUAUAGGAGAGAUGUAGGGGAAAUGAGGCCUGCCAAGUUUAUGAGGACUGCUGAGGCAAAUGUAGGUCAGCUUAAGCAUCAUACUGUUGAUCAAAAUGCCCUAAAGAAGGCAUUUUUGCACCAAAUUAAGUUGGUUUAUGAAAACACAAACCAGAAAAAUCGGUUUUUGGCAGAUGGAAAGCAGGGACGUAUUCAGUGUCUCGUCUGUGGCAGCUCUUCCCAAGAUUUCCCUGAUAUGCACAGUCUUAUUAUGCAUGCAUACAAUUCAAAUAAUGCUGAUUCAACUAUAGAACACUUGGGCUUUCAGAAAGCUUUGUGCAUUCUGAUGGGUUGGAACUAUUUGAUACCUCCUGAUAAUUCAAAGUCAUACCAGCUGUUAUCUGGUGAUGAAGCAGCUGCUAACCAGAAUGACUUGAUUAUGUGGCCACCACUGGUGAUAAUUCAUAAUACAAUGACAGGGAAGCGUGCAGAUGGGCGCACAGAGGGUUUGGGGAACAAAGCAAUGGAUAGUUAUCUUAGAGGUAUAAUACAUCCCUGCAUUCUUUCUUUUCUUUCCAAUUCAUCUGAGGGGGAUAUACCAGCUUCCAAGAUAUUGUCCAUUUGCCUUGGGUUCUCUUCUAGCUACCUGCUCUCUGUUAGUUGUGAACUUUUAGAAACAUAUGCACUGCAUAUGUGGUGACCGCAUUUUUUCUAGUUUUAUUAUUCAUUGCCCCCCAAUUAAAAGGAAAUUCAGAACUA